UACCUGACCUUGCCUUACACCUGCCCAUUGCUGAAGAGAUGAUACUUGAUAGCGAAUUGAUGUACAUGUACUUGUAUAUGCACACUGUAUGUGCGGCUCAACACAUUACGUCAUUGGCGAAAGCCUCAUAUCUAGACUGGCAUAAAUACGUUACCUCGAGCCCUCUCUCGCACCAUGCCAAGGUCACUUCUUCCAGGUUUGGAAAAAAAGUUCUUGCCUCCUCGACAAUCCAUUUUGUGUGUGCUUAGUGCCAGCAGAAGGUAACCGGUAUAUUUCUGGAGUUACCCUGUAUGUUCAGCUCAACCAAGACUAUUGUAUAGAGGAAUAGUGGGUUUCAAUUGACAACUGCUCUAUUCAGCUGCAAUUCACUGCCUUCAUUGCGUCUACAGCCUCAGCAUGGCUAGUGCAAGUGAUUACCGACGCUGUCCCGCUGGUCGCAAACCAGAUCGGACAAUCGUCGUGAUGGGAAAAACAGGCAACGGAAAGUCUGCCGUGGCAAACGUACUGGCGGGAAAGUAUAGCGGCGGCCUCUUUCCGGAAUCCAGCAGCCCCGCGAGCCAAACACGUGGUUUGCCGACGCACACCGUCCUAGUGUCGUACGCUGGCAAAGACCAUGCCAUUAAGAUUGUGGACACCAUCGGCUACGGGGACACAUCUCUUUCCGAAAAGGAUGUCCUACACGCACUGGCUAAGGUGGCUCAGACGUGCACCGGGGGAAUCAAUCAGAUUCUCUUUGUCACACGUGGUCGAUUCACUCAGGAGGACAAAACCACCAUGGAUGCGAUGAUGAACAUAAUCUUUCAGCCCGACGUGGCCAACUUCUCGACUAUCGUUCGCACAGCAACACCGGCCAAAGAACUGGACGAAGCUGUGGUAGCUGCUAAGACUGCCGAGUAUCGCCAGGAGAUGAUCAGGCUGCACCCGAAUCUCGCCCAGAUCGGUACCUUUCUCAUGAUCAGCAACCCGGACGAUGGUGACGAACGCAGCAUGCAGAUGCGCCGACGCUCUCGCAAGACUCUUCUCGACCACGUGAUACUGCAUUACAUGCAGUGCUAUGCGACUCGAAGUUACACCAGUGCUGUGGCAAGGGUCAACAAACACCUGGACGCACAAACUGCCCAGCAGGAGAAGCAGAAGCGCCAGGAAGCGGAGCGGAAACGCCUCCAAGCGGAGCUAAAGGCCAGAGAAGCGGAGCAGGCGAGACUUCGUCGGGAGCAGCAAAGACAAGUCCGGGAGAUGAGGCGUGCCAAUGCGGAGCUCCAACAAAAGGCAGCAGAGUCGCAGGGUGAUGACGACUGCAUCAUCUUGUGAUCUCUUCAUGCUCCACAGUGCAAAGUGCAACAAGGUAGCACGGUGGUGGACUGUACGUUGUGUUCCAAUUCGUUGUGGCGGUAUUGUUUUCGUCUCGUCGUGCCAGAAACAUGGCCUAUAGGCAAUAGGCUAUACAUGUACAUGUACAUGUACUUGAGAAAACACCAAUAGCUUACUUGUAUGCAUUGUAUUAUUUCAGUUAGAGCCCUUGAGCACUGUUGCAAGUCAAGGGCAACUCUGCUUGGGGACAGUUGUACAUGUACAUGUAGUACACACUAUUAUUGAUUUGGUGCAAGGCUCCUACUUUACUUUCGCCUAAGACUGUGGCACUGUACACAUAUUUGAGUGUGAUACUUGAUAAUUGUGUAUAUUGUACUCCCAUUGCUUCCUGUUAACGCAAACUGGCAGUCAUUUUCACCUGAAGCGAAAAUAGUGAGCACCAUUGUAGUACCAGAUAUUACCAUGUGCAUGUAAGUCCAGGCGCCUCAGAGUCCAAUUUUUAUUAGACUUCUCUUGUGUUUGCAUCGUGAAAACUUUUUCCUCAUUUUCCACUUUUCUACUUUAUUUUGUCUUCCCAUUAUUUAAGAUGCUAGUUUGUUUUGUUGUUCGGUUCUGCUGCAUUGCCGCUCUUCUUGUCAAAUAAACUGUGCGCAGUUA